GCUAACUAAGCGAAAAAGUAGUACCGCGGUCUUCCUAAUUUCUAAAUAUCUUUUGUUAGGUUCGUCUAAAAAGGAAAUAAUAAACUAAAAGUGGUUAUUUCUAGGAUUGAGUUGUUGUAGAUGGUGGGUGAGUGAGAAAUGUAAGAAAUGAAGAUUGUAUUUGCGUAAAACGUCCGGCGUAGUAAUCGAACACCUUCACCCAUAACCUCCUUUCGUGUUAUUGGAGUAGAUACGGAAUUAAGUUGUGUGUCAGAUGUGUCCAUCAUUUUGGAUUAUACGAAAACUUUUGUGGUUUUAUAAUGUUUACAGAUUAAAAUAGUGUUCGAGUGACUAGUUUAUUAUGUGUUUGAAUCGUGCUGGGUGCGAUUUAAGCUCCCAAAAUGAGGAAAAGCAUCGAUUGCUGACUAUAACGGCGGGGUGUUGGCAACGAUUGCCUGUGCUAGAUCGCAGCCGUUUUCCUUAACAUGGCUGCAACGCAGGCCGAAAAGCAGCAAAAUGACGUGAAUAGUGAAAAAGUGCAGCCGGAUCAGCAUCUGAACGUGCGGAAUUCGUUGUUGCAAAAUGGUACCGAUAAGAGUGGUGUUCGCGGAGGUGGCAGUGUAGUGGUUACAAAGGGAAAAGCUACCGGCACAAUGAGUCAAUAUCGACAAGACGGUGGCAGUGAACAUGGUUUAAGCGAUUCGGAAAUGGGGCCCACCGGCAACGAGGCCGGUCUUUACCCGCCCGCGCCAGCGGCACAAUCUGAAGGACCACCGGUUGGCGACGGACACGGUUACGGCUUCCCUUUUGGUAAUAGAGACAUACAUAACAGUGGCGACGGGAGUUUGCACGGGUUCGGUCCGCGUCAAGGUUUUGGGAGCCCCAAACAACCGUCAACCGCGUUUUCGCAGCAACAGCGUUUUGUUUCGGGUCAGACCAUUUCACAACCUACGGGACCGACUCCCACGCUAAAUCAGUUAUUACAAAGUUCGAAUCCUAUGCAUCGGUAUCAAAAUAGUUACGGACAUCCGGAGCAGCCCUACGGUCAGGGCUGGCCCCCUCAGAAACCCCUAACACCUUACAGUACAGCGACCGCUCCCGGAUCUACUCCCGGUGGCCCCGUUUAUCGGAAUCAGGCAACGCUUUCACCCGCAUACAGCGGGGCACCAGUCGCAAGUCCCGGUUACGUGGAGGGUCGGUCGGGUUGGGCCGGUCCACCGGUAACUGGCCAACAUGGUCCCGGUAGUCCGGGACCACCUUCAUCGACAACGUCAGCAAGUCAGUCAUCUCCUCAGCCACAACAACCAAGUCACUCACCGGGACCCGGUUUACCACCGAGUCCCAAUCCUCAGCACCCCUCUUCGCAAUCCCUUCAAAAUUACCAAAGCCGACCUGCGCAACCCACGACUCCCAACGCACACGCUCCAGAUGCAGCGGAUUUAAGUGGCGGAAACAGCAAUGAUAGUUCUGGUGGACCGGCACCAGGUACUCCAAACUCUCAAAAUAUGCGACCAACUCCAUCCCCAACGGGAUCCACAGGGUCACGCUCCAUGUCUCCAGCAGUCGGGCAGCAAAACAUUCCUAUUCCUCCGCGACCAUCCAGCGGUCAAUCGGAUGGAGGUGGACCUACUCGUUUGAGCCAUUCUCCUAUGACAACUCAGGGCAGCUACCCACCCCCUCAUAUUCAUGGUUAUAAAGGACAUCCCGGUAUGGUGCCACCUACAGGUCAACAAAUUCCGAUUUAUCCACCUAACCAGCAAUAUACACAAGGUGGCUAUCCACCCAGGCCCCAGACUAAUAUGCAGUAUCAGAAUCAAGCAUACGGCCCGCCGGUUUCCCAAACUCCUCCUAAUAGUAAUUUACCCCCGCAACAGUAUCCUAAUAGAUCGGCGCCAAAUCAUAUGAGCAACGCACAAUUCCCACCUUAUCAACAAACGUGGCCAGGUCCAACAGCCACAUCCGGUAAUCAUCUGCCUGGUGGAAAAGGGAACGGUCCACCUCAAGCUCCAAGCUCUCCAUCACCAGCCCCUCCAAGACCACCACACUACCUCAAACAACAUUUACAACACAAAAUGAAUUUCGGUAACACACCAUCUUCCAUGCCUCCAAGUCCUAGCCCACCACAAAAUUAUCACAUGGGUCCUCCAACGGCAAGCCAUCACCAUUCCGGAAUGGGGCCACCAUCUAGUAUGGGACCACCUAACAUGCCUACCGCUACAAGUCCACUUUUACCUAACAGUCACCCACAUGACGGACCUAUGCCUCCACCAAGCUCAACACCAAACUCACACCAUCAAUUAGGAUCUGAAAUGAUGGAUAACGGUAUUACAACUACUGCAGCUGGCACCCUAAUGACUCAUGUUACGGCAUCAUCAGGUGGUUCGGUUACAUCUGUGGUUACCACAGGUCCCGAUGGUGCUCCCAUAGAUGAAGGUUCACAACAAUCGACUCUUUCAAAUGCUUCGGCAGCUUCAGGGGAAGAUCCGCAGUGUACGACACCGAAGUCGCGAAAAAAUGAUCUGGGCCACUAUAGUCAUCCGACGACGCCUCAAAGCACUGUGCCUUCACCUGGUGCGGCGAGCAUGAACUCGAUGCACGAGGAGUAUGGUGAUCUUAGUAGUCCGAGUUGGCCUCGUACACCAGCUAGUCCCGUGUUUAACAGUCAUGUGCCUCCACCGGACACGUAUCGCUCUAAGAAAACCGACAGUUUGAGCAAGCUCUAUGAGAUGGAUGACAAUCCGGAGAGGCGAGCUUGGUUAGAUAAGUUAUUAGCUUUUAUGGAAGAACGUCGCACACCUAUCACCACAUGUCCGACCAUCUCAAAGAAUCCGCUCGAUUUGUAUCGCCUAUACCAAUUUGUCAAGGAGCGUGGAGGUUUUAUGGAAGUAACCAAAAAUAAAACAUGGAAAGACAUUGCAGGAAUGUUAGGAAUAGGUGCUUCAUCUAGUGCUGCUUACACAUUGAGAAAACACUAUACAAAAAAUCUAUUAGCGUACGAAUGCCAGUUUGAUCGAGGCGGCAUUGAUCCACAACCGAUUAUAAAUCAGGUUGAGGCGACUUCCAAGAAGAAAGGAGCUAAAUCUUCCUCUGUCCCCUCGCCGGGUUCUUCAAACUCGCAGGAUUCGUUUCCGGCCCCUGGCUCGGGUGGUGCUUCAAUGGAUGGUUACGGAGGAUACGGCUAUGCUUCCAGUACGAAUCCCGAUUAUAAUACACCUCCUCAACGACCUUCUUCGCAAGCAAAUGCUCCUUCUCCUCACGGAGGCUCAACAGGUGCUAAUCAUCUAGGAAAUGUAUCUUCUGGUGGACCUAGCCCAGCUGGUGGAGUGGCUGAUAAUGUCAACGUCUCCAAUCCAUUUGAUGAUGUCUCUCCUAGUCCACCACCUCGUGGAGGAGCUCCCUUCCCAGGACCGCAUCCACCUUACCCUGCGGGAGCACCGCCUAGACCGCAAGGUCAAAGUUACAAUAAUCAAUCCGGUUACAAUCAGUAUCCCGGACCAGGACCUGGCGCACCACCCGAUCAGUAUUCGCCAUAUCCCGCCGGAUCAAAUUAUCCCUCUGCGUCUAGAUCCGUUUAUCCUCCAUAUUCAGGCGACUCUGCAGCACCACCUUCCAGUCCAAAUAAUUCUCAACCCGCACCUCCAACUGGUCAAGAUCCAUAUAACCGUUACAACAUGACUACAGGGGCAACUGGUACUGGAUAUACACCUAGACCAGCAUAUGGAGGUACUGCUGCGGCGACAGCAGCUCCUGCUUCUCAACCACCUCCUGUUCCGUAUUCUGCGCAACAACAGGAAUAUUAUCGUCCCGAACAGCAAAGCACAUCAAACACUGCAACCUACGCCGGAGGACCUCCACCGAACAAAAAUAUGCCACCACCAGCUCCACAACCGAGGCGACAUCCAGAUUUUGCUAACAAAGAUCAACAAAGUUUUCCACAGUAUGGCCAGCAACGACCGCAAAUUUACGGUGGAUGGCCCAACAAUACUCAAUAUCGAGGUCAACUCGUGAGUUCAACGGGACCGACGGGUCCAACGUCUGGAACUCAACAAUGGCCACAAGGUGGAAGACCAAGUGGCCAAUGGGAACGAUACUCCGGAGGCAGCCAAAAUUAUCAACCUCCCCAACAAGGUCAACAGCAAUGGUCGCCCAUGCCAACGCCAGGUGUAGGUCAGAGUUCUCCAUUACGGCCACCUUUGGGUCCUCGAUCUGGAAAACCGUUUGGUAUGCUUCCACCACAGCCAGGUAAAGGUGUACAACCGCCGGCGUCUAGUACAAGUACUUUGACACAAAGUCAGCUACCAAAGAGAGAGAUAACAUUUCCACCUGACAGUGUCGAGGCAACAUUACCCGUUUUGUAUCGCCGGAAACGCCUGUGCCGUGCGGAUCUUGGACCCGUCGACGCCUGGCGAAUUAUUAUGAGUUUAAAAUCGGGUUUACUAACUGAAAGUUGUUACGCUUUGGACAUGUUAAAUGUGUUAUUGUUUGAUGACUCUGCAGUGGCUUAUUUUGGACUUAAUCAGUGGCCGGGCCUACUAGAGUUGUUGUUAGAACAUUUUCGUAAAAGUUUAGCCAAUAUGUUUGACGGCGUCGUUCCGCGCGAAGAAAAAUCUAGCGAUGUCGAAAUUGACUUAGGCGGCGUGGCGACUCCCGUAGAUCACGAGUUAAAAACUGUACUGUUAAAAAAUACGAGUAACUAUUCGCACGUGUCUCGUAAAGGUCACCCCGUUAGAAUGGUCGAACGGAACGAGGAAAUUUUUGUGCGAGAUCAUCGGAAAAAUUGGGAUAUACGAGGUGACACUAAUGAAGCUAGUAUUUUAUUGGCGGGAGUAGUAAUGGAUCAAUGGCAUCUGAACGCCGAUCACAUAUUGCCAACAUUUCAAGCAGAAUUUAGUCGAAUACCAUUUUAUAGGACGUUAGACGGAAAGACGGAAUCACGACAGCCGGUGAAGGAGGAACCCGAACCACAUCGGACCUUACCCCUAGAUACUGCACCACCUCCUAAACUUAGUGAAAAAAGACGUAGGACAAAAACUUUAAGUGAUGUGAUAUCUCGAAUUAAAAAAGAAUCGACCGAAGAAAACGACGUGCUUGCCUUAGAGAUCAAGGGAAAAAUGAAGACUGAAGUAGUGAACGAAACGGCAAACUGUGAAGAGCGAUCGAAUAUAGAUCUGAACACGACGGCGAGCGACGAAAUAAAAAGCGCGCUCGCCGUGCGGGAUCCCGCGUAUACUUUGAAACGACGACGAACGUCGGAUUACGAGGAUGAGGCCUACAGUCGCGAUGAGGCUAGUCUGUUUUUACUAACCGAAACUCAAGACAAUAUCGGCAAACGAUGUGUGUGCAUAUCUAAUAUAUUGAGAAGUUUAACAUUUAUUCCAGGUAACGAAAUUGAAUUUGCUCAAAGCGUUACUUUCUUGUCGCUCGUCGGAAAACUGCUCGUCUUGUACCACGACCAUCCGUUACGCACUCAGAAAACGCGUAAUUACGAUCGCGAGGAGGACGCCGAUUUCGCGGACUCGUGCAGCAGUUUGCAGGGCGACGGCGAGUGGUGGUGGGAUUUCUUGCCGCAAUUGCGCGAAAAUCUCCUGGUUUCCGUUUCCAAUAUUGCCGGUCAUAUCGACCUGAGCCAGUACGAUGAGGAAGUGGCCAGACCUCUGUUGGACGGUUUGCUUCAUUGGGCGAUAUGCCCCUCGGCGCACGGUCAAGAUCCGUUCGCGUCCGCCGGGCCUUCCUCGUUAUUGUCGCCGCAACGAUUGGCGUUAGAAGCUCUGUGCAAGUUAUGCGUGACAAAUGGGAAUGUGGAUUUAGUUAUUGCUACGCCGCCGUUUUCGCGAUUGGAACGAUUAUGUUGUGUGCUUACGAAGCAUUUGUGUCGGUCCGAGGACCAAGUUUUGCGGGAGUUUUCUAUAAACUUACUUCACUAUCUUGCAGCAGCCGAUAGCAGUAUGUCGCGUAUAAUAGCGUUACAGUUGCCGUGUAUUUCGUUAUUGGUUGCCUUUAUAGAACAAGCGGAGCAAAGUGCGUUAGGGGUAGCUAAUCAACACGGCAUCAGUGCAUUACGAGAUAAUCCAGAUUCGAUGGGUACUAGUUUAGAUAUGUUAAGACGUGCUGCCGCGACCUUAGUGUUUUUGGCUCGCCAUCCCGAUAACAAGCCUUUGUUGGUACAGCAGGAGCCUCGUUUGUUAGCGCUUGUUAUGAGUCAAAUCCUUGACCAACAGGUAGCUCUACUGCUCUCCAAAGUGUUAUUCCAGAUAUCCCGCAGCUAAUCCCUUUGUAGAUAUUUGCGGCCUUGGACUGGUGUAUAGACCCAUGUAUAGCGUAAAUAUUGACUUCUACCAUAAUUACAGUGUGUGUGCAUGUGCGUGUGUUUGUGUGUAUGGCGGGCUCGACUCGCACAGACUGUAAAUCGAGAUUCGGAUCUCUUGAUAGUUAAUUCAACCACAAAGUGUAAUCCAUUAUUAUACUUAUGUACCAUUUUGUAAAAUAAGAAACAUUCGUCUUUCUGGGAAAAAUGUUAAAACAUCCAUGUUACUUAUGUAUUUAUUAUUUGAUUAAUAAGAAGAGUGCAGUGGUACUGUAGCUCUCGAGUUGCCUGGUCUGGUGGUUAAUAUUUCCUUUACUUUCCUGCACACUUUGAUUAUUUCGUGUUUGGUAUUAAUAUUGUGCGAAUGCUUUAUACAUGUCUGAAACUGGUUAAAUAAAUGUACAAAGGAAGUACCGAAAAGGUGUUUUUAUACAAGUCUUAAUUUUCUAUGUAUAUGUAGAAAUGUUUUAUACACCCCAUUUUAGCUAUUAAAUUAAACUCUGUUUACGAACAAAUAUGAACUGUUUACGAGCAGUUAGUAGAUCACAGAACGUAAUAUAGAACUCCAGUGUAGUUUAAAAUAUGUGGUGAUAUUUUUCUGGCUGUAGGUAUAACUCAUGUAUGAUUGCAUAAUGUAAAAAUAAGUAAAGGCUAAAUAUAUUCAA